AUGGCCGGGUGGGUUUUACUUGUUUUUGCCACAACUGUUUAUGGAAUAAGCCGUAUCUCAGAGCCUGAUUUUAAAGCCGUUAACUUCGCUAAAGCAAGAGAAGGAAGGCGGUUAAACAGUAGCGUGAUCAAAGCAAUGAAUGUGGAUUCAGAAGGCGCCUGCAGGCUUCAAUGCGUCAAUGAAGAGCGUUGCCGCUCUUACAACUUUGGAAUCACAAAGAACAAACCCGGAAAGUUCCUGUGCCAGUUGACUGACUCUGAUAGAUUUGCUGGGUUCAGUAAUUUUAAAGAAGAUGAUAAUUUCAAGUACAAAGGGAUACAGGUAACUGCCACUGAACGCAGAAAUGAAAAUAGUUACAAUAUAGGACGUAAAUGCUACACACAGAUAACUUUUCUCUUGUUUCAAACCUGUGUCUCUUGGCUCGUUUUGGAUCAAAACAGGCAUUUGGUACUGGGCAUUAUCUCGAGACUUAAAAAGCGUUGAAAAAAAGUUCGUGUUUGCUAGUACUAAAUAAUUAAGGCACAACGUAACUUGGCGCCAUAAAAGUUAUUACAAUAUGCUGGUAGACUAACAAAUCGUUUAUGAAAUUAGUAAGAAAGUUUUAUAGUUUGAGGUAGUUGCGACUUCUCUGUGAGCUAAAGUGGUACACCGUUGCGACCAGUACGGUAAUCAGAGUUCUUCUCAAGAAACGGCAUUUUUCUGGCACGUAAGAAAACUGACAUUCUCAGUGUUCAUAUCAAUUAUGCAUGACAUGUCGAGAAACUAGCCAGCUCUCCUUUCUGUUUCGCGAAUAAAUUUCAAGUUUCAAUAAUAACGAAAUGAAUUUCAUGUACAAACAAUGUAAAGAAUUGUUUUCCAAGAACUUCUACAACUCGUUCACAGAUGCGAUAAAACUACACUUACCAUCUUCUACAACUUUCUCAUAUUUAAUUUUUGUUUCCUCUAUUGUAUCCAUUCCGUUUUCAAUUAUUCAAAACUUUUCAAUCACAAACUAAAUGUCCGGCAGUUUGGCAUUUCGCGAGUCAGCUUUACAAUUAACCUAAAAAUAAUUGUAGUAAUUAUUCGAUUCGGCUCUCGCAUGAUUUGAAAAUCUAGGAGGGUAUUAUUCAUUCCGAAAUUCUUAACAUGUUUACCUCGAUCAAUAUUAAUUUUUAAUUUGCGUGGUUCCCGACUUCAUAAAUGUCGGAUAAUAUGCAAAUCUAGGAUAGAAAGGGAUGUUUAGUCUAGCAGAUAUAUUGGGAUCAACUAACAAAUGUUAUCAAGACAUUCGAUGGAAAUUUUUCUUCCUUUUCAUUAGCCGAGAGCCCACCACGUGACCUGCAAAUAACUGCCUACAAAUAAUGGUCUGCUCAUGCACAAUGUCGUCCAACUAUUAUUCGUCCAGAUAUCAUUCCACUCAUGCGAAAAUGAAACCACGUUUUUCUCCUCCUUGCGAUCGCUCUUGCGUGAAAAUGGCAGAUCGUUUCGCUUCUCCGAAGAUAUUCAUUAAAAAACAAACUUGUUGAUCGAAUGACAAAACUAUUUUCCGUUAACUUGUAUUCUUGCUCAUGUCUUACUGUGUUUUUAGGCAAAAGUUCGGUUUUUUCUUGUGUAAAAUUUCCACCAUUUUCCCCAGCUCCAGCCAAAACUACUAAGCUAACGGAACCUCGAUCCCUUGGGCUUCUCGGUUGGCGUGAAAUAUGCUGUAUUAGUAUUUACCGAAUAGGUGAAUUGCAAUUUUCGCGAGUUUGAUUGGCUCCCGUAACUCGGAAUAUCCUUGGCUAUUCACUGUUUUGCGACCGGAGCCAAGAUAAAUUUGAGCGAUAAAAGAAGCAGUCGUACAAACAAAUACCAAGAGAGCGACGAACUUUGGCUUGUCGGUGUUUCCUGGUAGGUAGAAAAUUAUUUUCAUGCUGAAUUAUAUUUGCAACAAAAUCAUAAAAAUGCAUUUGAAAAAAUCCCCGAAAGGUUUGUAAAUUGUAAACAAACUUCCUACUAAGUGACGAUUUUAAUUUAUAAAAAGUUGCUUUUUUUCCUUUUUUUAUCCAACUGCUUUGGUAAAUACUAAAACAACUUUCCCCCUCAGGGUCGGUGAACAGCGCUAGAUAUACACCUCGACUCUUCGCGUCUCGGUUUAUUCACCUCCCCUUCGGGGGAUAGUUGUAUACUAUUCGUGCAGAGGUUCACUCAACUCGUACAAGAAGCAAAUGACUUUAAUUUGCCGUCGCUCAUUCGUAGGAAACGACAUAUACUCGAACAAAUCACCACCUGGAACCCCACGACCACCAGCAUAAUGAUGUAAAUAUUGAUAUCAGUUCUGACUUUUGGGGGCCGAAUCGCAGACGUUUCGCCGGGGAAACGUCCCUAGCGACGAGGGCCGAGAAGAGACGGCUGCGUUCGCAGGAAAUUAAUUUAAUAGAACCCUAAGGCUACUUGAAAACGGAGACAAUGUUGGCCAACAAACUUGGGAGUUGAUGCGUCCGUGUUGGUGUGUAAACGGACUCAGUGACUCUCAACAAUGCUGGGACCUACAUGGAAGAGCUUUGCAAACGGGAUCCAAAAUUGUUGCGCUACGCUUCGGCGAUGACGGAACAAAAUAAAUGUUGGGUGUUGUUGGCUCAACAUUUUGACCGGUUUCAAACUUUGCGCAACAACUCCGAACAUCACGCAACAACAUGCAACAGGGUGUGCAAACGGACGCAACAUGUAACAUCCAGCAAUGUUGGGAGUUGUUGGCCAACAAUAUUGUGUCCGUUAGCACGGGGCUUUAGUUAUUUUCCUUGCUUUUAAAACAGAGUGUCUGCGAGUCUAGCAACGUGGACCUUUGCGGCGACAAAGGAAUCUGCAUCCCAGACUACUCCAAAGACAGCUUUACAUGUAAAUGUGACAAAGGCUACGCAGGAACACGGUGCGGUAAGUUACAAACGUCCCAUCCCCUAGGUCUCUUCCAUCUUGGGGGUUUGAAGAGGUAAGAUUCUAAUUAUUUUGCAUUAAAUGGCACUUGAAGUCGUUUAUUUAGCUGUUAGCAUCUAAUUCUUCCCAAAAGAAGUCAUUUACUCGUUCUUAUUUUAAUUCAGUCCAAAGCCAGGGAGAUAAACGCCUUCUCGUAGUCCAAAGAAUAUUUAGCAAUUAUUGAAUAAGGUUGAGGAAAACUCUCAAGGCUUCGUGGUCUUAAAGCCUAACACUAUACACUCUGCUAACUGGAGCAAGACUAAUAAAUAUCAAACAUUUUUCAAUUUACUGUCAUGUAGAGCACCAAAAUUCCGUUUUAAGGUAUUUUUUACUACAUAAAGCACUUCCCAAUUGUCCGUUGACGAUUUCAAAAGUGUCCGUUAUCCGUCUUAGAGAGAUUUCCGUCCAAUAAAGUUGUCCGUUAACAGAGAGUUGACUGUAAACCGAGGGGGUGAUGAAAGAAAUCGAGACAGUACUAGAGGGCCUAAGGCGGCUCGGUUAUCACAAAUUUUGUGUCAUCACUUUUUCGGCUUUAACGCAAAGGCUGCGAAAGUUUGAAAAGUCCGAAUAUACAAUGAUUUUUGGAAAGGGGCGUAGAAACUGUUUGACGAUGUGUCAGCUUGGUGCGCAUAUAUCAUACAGUUUACGACUCUUAUUUCAUCUCAUUUGAAUUAAGAGUUAUAAAACAGUUUCCAAAUAAUGAAAUUUGUCAAAGGUUAUCUGGAAAAAAAGUCCACACCCAAACUCUUUUGCCUCUUUUACAUUCCAGAAUUAAUCAUAGAAGACUGCUCUAAACUUGGUCAAAGUGGUUUGGCAUCUACUGGAAUCUACUACAUCAUCCCAGAUGGUGGCAGCCCAAUACAAGUGCUGUGUGACAUGACUACAAACAGUGGAGGUUGGACUGUCUUUCAGAGACGUUUAAACGAUUCGGUUGACUUUUUUCAGGGUUGGGAAUCAUACAAAAAUGGGUUUGGAGAUCUAAAAGGUGAGUUCUGGCUAGGAAACGACAAUCUUCAUCGUUUGACAGCCUCUAGUGACGUCAUGCUAAGAGUUGACAUGGAGGACUUUGACGGCAACAUAACACACGCUGAGUAUACAACAUUUCAGGUAGCUGACGAAGCAGAUAAAUACAGGAUUACCAUUGGAGGAUACAAUGGUACGGCUGGUGACUCGAUGGUAGAUAACGGAGGGCAGACCCAAAGGCAAGCAAAUAUUUAGCUGGUAAUUGACCACUCCAGAAAAUACCACAACACACCACAAUGCUCUUUGUUUGUCACCCCAAAAUUUUGCAUAAGCAUUGUUUUCAGUUUCUCUUGGGGCCAUUUUAACUCCCAAUAGAAACUGAAGACAAUGCUUAUGCAAAAUUUUGGGGUGACAAACAAAGAUCAUGAUAGUAUGUUGUGGUAUUUUAUGGAGUGGUCAAUUAAUUUGCAGCAACAGAAAAAGAAAAGGUCGAUACCGUGCCUAUAAGCUCCCCCACUUUAUUAUGAGCCAUCUCCAGUUAUAAACCAAUCUAUAGACGACAAAAAAUACAUCCGAUUACAAGCCUCCAGACAUAAUUAUAAGGCCUGUUUCAAACGUCGUGCUACUGCCGUGCUAAGCUGACUCGACUGUAGCUCGACUGCAGCACGACUAGCUCGACUUGGCUUCAGACGUCGAAUUUAAUUUAAUCGAAUAGAACGGCUGUUGCCUAAAACAAAACACAAAAAUAAAGAAACGGUUUAGCAAACUUUGAAAUGUAUUCUAUUGUAUUCAUAAUUUAUGAAUUGAGUUCGGCACGGCAGUAGCGCGACCUUUGAAACCAAGUGGAGCUACUGCCGUGUAGCACGGCAACGCUUGCCAUGCUACACGGCAGUAGCACGACUUGGUUUCAAGCGCCGCACUACUUCUGUGCUUAAGUCGAUUUUAAUUCGAUCAAUUUAGUUCGGCACGGCAGAAGCACGACGUUUGAAACGGGCCUAAGCGCCUUACAAAUCUAUUGAAUUCGAUUUAUUAUCAAUGACAUUUUAAAGCUUAAUUAAAAACCAGUAAAUGCCAAAAGUAUUAGGACUGCUAUAUCUUGGCAUGUUUCAAAGCGCUCUUUCUAUUUCGGUAAUAAAACACCUCGGAUAUAGCCACUCCGUUUAUAAGCCCUUCUAAAUUCCCUACGAAGAUGUUUAGGCCCAGGAAUAAGCGGCAGUUAAAGGACGUACUAUCAAAUCAGCAGUCCUUCAUAUACUUUCUUUAAAGCCCACCUUACACUGCUGUUACAAGUCUUUUUACCCUUACAAUAAGUGAUCGACAACGCUGACCACCUCAUAGAUAGAUACCUUCUCUCUGAUAUUCAAACCAUUUUAUUAAUUUGUAGAGUCAAGUAGACUCGUAAUCGACCACAGCCACAUAAGUGGCAUCUGUAUCUUGACUGCAGGUGUAGCAGUGAGCUGAAAUGCACAAAGCCUUUACUUCGGAAGCAUGAUGCGUAUUACUCGAAUCACACCAUGUUGGGCUGGGAAGUUUUGCUUGCGGAAUGGAAUUCUGGGUUUUAGAAUCCGGAAUCCAGCUCAAGGAAUCCGGAAUCCCACAAACAAUUGGAACCCGAAAUCCAAGUUCCAAUUAAAAAAAAGAUGAGGAAUCCAGUACUGGAAUCUGGAAAUCCACAGCGUGUAAUCCAGACUCCAAGACCGUCGUGCAUUCCCUUACAUGCAUGGAGUCUUGCAUGGGGCGACUCGUAAAUUUGAAAUCCACCUCGAAAUCCUUUCUUCAAAUCCUUACUCGGUAAAUAGAUAAUCUCCUGACAAAUAAAUCUCUUUGUUUAAUUUGUGCCAUUAUCAAACUGUGACUUUUUUCUGCAGUAACUUAAAGUUUUCAACCAAAGAUGUCGACAAUGAUCUGCACCCUGGCAAUUGCGCUGUUUUACUCAGUGGAGCAUGGUGGUACCAUUCCUGCAGUUGGGCCAAUCUAAAUGGUUUGUAUCGUCGAGGAUCUUACAACACCAGCUACUUGCCCCAUGGAGUAAAAUGGGUCACGUUUAGAGGACAGUAUUAUUCUUUGAAACGCACUGAGAUGAAAUUAAAGCCUAAACCAUAA